AAGGUCUUUAAUUUUUAUUAGUAACAACAUAUAAAAAGUUUUUUGGGAUCUGAAAAGGCCCAUUUAAGACAACAGUCCUAAUAGGAAACUUUAUAACACAACAAGAUAGUAAAAUAUGGGAAGUAAAAAAAAGUUUACUGGAAUUUAUGACCUGAAAAGUAUAUUUCUGGGGAAAUGACAGUCAGUUAGCAACAGGCAAUGGGUACAGGUGACUAGCCUCCAAAAUGCCACCUGAAUAGUGAACAAAUACAUUCCUAUGCGUGUAGUCAUUGCUUCAGGUGAAGUCCAGAUUAUGGCUUGGCUUCCCCGUUACUGAAAUCAUUCCCAGUCAGACAAUUUCUUAGUUUUUUUUUUUUAUAUAGAGGUGAUGAAUUAUUCACUAGAUUUUAGAGAUAGUAUUCACAACAAAAAAAGAAAUAUGAGAGCGGCACCACAGUUUACAAUGUAGCUGAUACUAUAUAACAAAUGGAAAAAGGAUCCACUCAGCGGGCAUACCGGCAAAGCUUGUCCAAUGGUGGUGCUAGGAGAUGAAUAUUGACAGCAAUCAAACUUUUGAUGUGCUGUUGUGGCGAGCCCAACAAAGUAGAAGGAGAAGAUCCGAAUAUUAUGAGAGACGUCACCACCACCGAAGAUAUUGGUUCCAUGCCAUCACUGCAGCACAGAUGACCCAUGGGGUGCACAGUACUUGGUACGUGGAGCUGCGCCAGCACCCUGAGAAGUUCUCUGGCUACCUACGGAUGACUGUACAAACGUUUGAUGACCUUCUCCAACGCAUUAGUGAAAAGAUCCAUCGCCAAGACACCCACCUCAGAAGGAGCAUCUCGUCAGAUGAACACCUCAUCGUAAGCCUUAGUUUCAGGUUCCUGGCAUCCGGUGAGAGUUUUUCGUCGCUCUACUUCCAGUUUCGCCUUGGAGUUUCUACCAUCUCUGGGAUUGUCCGGACCACCUGCGAUUGCCUGUGGGAUUGCCUUCUAGCAGACUUUCUUCCACAACCUUCAGCCGAACAUUGGCUUGGCAUCGCAGAGAAGUUACAGGAAGUCACACAGUUUCCAAACUGUGUUGGAGCAAUCGACGGGAAGCACAUCAGGAUCCAGAAGCCGGCGCACACGGGGUCUGAGUAUUACAACUACAAGAAAUUCUUCUCUACCAUACUUCUGGCCAUUGCGGAUGCGCAGUACAAAUUAAUCGCUGUGGACAUCGGGUCAUAUUGA